UGCGAUGGCCACCACUUUGCCUUCGCCUCCGCUGUCAGCAUGGACCGAGGCCGCAAAGCGUUGCCAACACUCAACAAACACACGGACUCCAAGUUCUACAAUCGGUGCCAGUUGAUCCACAAGCAGAAACUCAACACGAUCAAGAGCACGAUCGACAACAGCGAGCCGACGCGGCCGGCGCACCUUCGCAAGAAUCUCAAGAAGGAGCAAAUGAAGGAAGAGCGGUACGCCACGAUCGAGCGUGAGAACCGCAUUCUAUUGGAAAAGAUGAGCUUCAUCAUGCAGCACGACACACUCGACAACAAGAACGACGCGCUCAAGCACGGCCACAGCUUGAACAAGGAGCAACGCAAGCGAGAGCUCCAGCGCAUCACAGCCGAAAACCAGUCGAUCUUGCGCCGCAUCCAAACCAGACAGCCCACGUACGACCACGUCCAGUGGGAAGAAGAGGCCAGACUGCAUGAAAAAUAUGCGCAAAACAUCCGAGAGUACCCCGAAGGCGGCAUGGCGGACGAAAGUGGCGAGUAUGGCGAAGAAGAAGGAUCUCCGACGUCGCGACUGCGAUACACGACAUCUGACGGUGCCAUUUAGCCAACCUGUAUCAUCACUGAUAGCAUCCUCCAGCAUCGCGAUGACAAUAUAGAAACAUAUACGACC